AUGUCGUCCCUAUGUUUCUUUGGAGCCUCGGAUACGACUCUAUUACGGGACAUGACAUCCCCAAGUGGAUCAGAAUGGAUCAAAGUCGGUACAGAGUCGGAAGGUCUCAUACACAUGAAGGACUAUUUAACGUACGAAGAGAUGGGUGUCGCGGCCUUGCUCGGCUUGUCUGCCCCAGUCUUUUUUGUCAAUGCUGGAAGGAGAUACAAUCGGGGAAAGUUGGGUGAAGACGGGACGUUUGAAUCAAGUGGAAUUUAUACAGCCUUGGUAGGGGCUCGAUAUGAAGUCCCUGGGAAAAUGGAAUGGCGGCAUACUUUGGCUUACCCGGACCAAGAACCAAUCACUCAUCCAUGGACGAUGCUCUAUGAUACACAUUCUUUGCAAGAGGAUCUUGAUCCUACCUUGUACGCACCGAUUUCGAAAUCAGUCGCUCUGCACAUUCCUUCUUAUAUUCGUCGGAUCAGGAUUCCAUUGGACAAUCUAUUGCUUGAUGCCAACGACAGAGCUAGAGCUCAAAACAAGCGUGCCUAUGUCCAUGUCGUGGGACUGGGAUUGGGCGUGUGGCAGAUCUGUCAGUCACAGCCUCAAUGGUUUGUCCGGGCCGCUGCCGAAGCCAUACAAGCGUAUCGGUUACCUCAUGUAGGUGUGCUAAACUUUAGCUGGUUUCCCGAAAAUAUAAAUGAAUGCGGCGGGGUCAAGAGCGGACAACAGUUUAGGACAGACAAGGGGAACGAUAUCCGCAUCGAAUUCUCAAAACGAGAUCCUGCACAGCAAUUAGAAGCUAGAGAUCAAGACAUGCUGUUGGUGGCUUCGUUUGCCUGGGAUGCCAACAGUUAUGUGGGCAAUGAGUUUUGGACAGGUAUGCUGACUGCAAGCGGGGAUCCCGCGGCGGCAGCUUGUUCGACCAUCGGAGAGAUCAUGAACCCAGACAUUAAUCCGUUUCUGCUGGACAAUAUUUGGGUGGCCAGCGAGUGACGCGCGGACAAACUCAUAAUGUCAGGCAUUUAGAAUAUCACUAGUAGAUAUCCCCUCGUACAGGAAUGAGACGCGCGCGCAGGUGUUGCUGGGUCUGACGC